AUGGAAGACGAAGGCAUUCUUAAUCCAUCCAAUGAACAACAUCUGGCAGUGUUGCAUUAUGUGUUCCUCCCAAUAAUCAACCGACACUUGAUGUUAUUCACAGAGGGUCACAACAGAGGACCCAUUAGUACCGAGCAAAACCAAUCCCCAGAGCAAAUGUGGUUUAGAGGAAUGCUCUUGAACCCUAGCAGAAGAAUUGCCGAAGAAUUUUCUGAUCAGGUAAAUAUUCUUUACACUCGCUUUUUACACUUCUUGUACAUACUUAAGGCCCGAUUACAAUGUACCGGACUACUAUCGUCGUGGGUAAAAUUUAACAGCUAGUGAAGUGCUGAGGAAAUUUUUAACGACAGUGACACAAAAAAAUGUACAAAAAAUACUAAAUGAGUAAACCGUUGUUGGUAACCAUUGCUUGUAAACAGCGAACAAAGAUGUCGUGACAAGCGAAUCCGGUAUGUAUAUACAUACAUGUACCGUACUAUCUAGUGACUAAUGUCAUAUCCGAUUUGUCAGUUCUACUCCAUUUCCCCAAAUGUAAUAUAUUUAAUACAUUGCAUCAACAUAGUCUCUCUUUAUAUGUAUGUUAACCUUAACUGGCUUAACAGGUAUAUGUUUAUUAUCUAGAACUUUGCACACUAUGGCGUUGACUGGGACAGUCCCUGUCCAAGUGCUGAAGCAACAGAUGAAAUUGUUGUUGUGGUGCCCGAAACUGAAUUACCAAUAAAUGAGACCGAGGAGCUACGGAGAUUGAUUGACCCUCUAUGA